AUGGCUUCGAAAUUUUGUAUCUACCGAACAGCAGUUGUGGUACUGUUAUUGGCGUCACACUGUCAGUCAGCUGACGAGGACUACGUCAAAACUGCGUCCAAUCUGCGUACAAUGAUACAGAACAAGUUCAGCAAAAAUCGCAAUCACGCUGGUAACAUGGCAUAUCACGAAGCAGCCAGGAACUUCAUUAAAAGUACAUUUGAAGACAAUGAACUUGACGUUAAUAUGGUGUCUUUCGCCACUUCUGAUCCACAGACGAUGGGGUACAACGUGGUAGGGAUCCUUCCAGGAAAACUGGCUGACACAGAAGACGACGAGUACCUGAUAGUGGGAGCCCACUUUGACACGACGCCAACAACCCCUGGGGUCGACAACAAUGGUUCCGGCCUGUCCGCCAUGUUGGAAGCUUUGAGGCAACUGAAAGCCAUGUCCUGUACGUUUGAAAACACUGUCAUAUUUGCUGCUUUUGACAUGAAGGAGAAAGAAGAACCCACAUCAGCCUGUCCGAGUGGUCUGUGUGGUAGUAAGAACUUCGUCGAAGUUUGGUUGAAGGAACAACUGGAAUCGACAGGGUCAAAGGUCAAAGGAAUUAUUAUUUUAGAUACUAUCAUGAACUAUGACACAAAAAAUCAAUCACAGGAAAUCUUCCUCGACAAUGACGAGUUCUCUUCCUUCAAUGCCGAGAUCAGAGACGCCGAUUCGAAAGGUGACUUCUUGUUCGGAGUGGGUCGCAAAUCUGAUUCUAAAUUGAUGGCGGCGUUUCGUAAAGCUUGGAAUGAUUUAUCCAAACCUGAAUACAAGAUCAAGAGUAUUGAACUUGACAUUGAAGGUGCCCCAAGUGAAGACCAAAUGAACGCUUAUCCACGUCUUAUGGACAGCGACCACAAAUACUUUUGGACCAAUGACCCAUCGUACAGCGCCAUCUAUCUGUCAGAUACAGAUGAUAAACGAGGAGUGAUGAGACAAUGCUAUCACUCUGAUUGUGACAAUUCCACUGUCAUGCUGACCGAUUCCAAGCUGACCUUUCUCGCAAAAAGUACCAUUGCGGUUACCAAUUGUAUCUCGGAAAUGGCUGUUUGCUCGGAUCCAGAGUCGUCUGCAGCCACGAGUGCAUACGUCAUCCAAACAGUGUUGAUGUUGUUUAUGUUCGGUCUGGCAUCCUUCUUUUUUAUGUGA